AUGACUGUUAUGGAGAUAACAAAAGCUUGGAACAGCUUCCUCCACAAUGAGCAGAGGCAGCCUUCCUUGCAAGCAGUCCUCCAUAAAGUUGCCAGUGAAAUAUUUGAACAAAAUAAAUAUGAACAACCAGCAAUACCUGCAGAAUUUAAUCUUCUAAGUCUAUCAGAUGACCCAGAGCUUCAGAUUGUGAUUUUUCUCUAUAUUAUCAUGUACAUAUUAAGUAUCACUGGAAACUUAACCAUCAUCAUUCUCACCAUGGUAGAGUCCCAUCUACAGACUCCUAUGUAUUUCUUCCUCAGGAACUUUUCUGUAUUAGAAAUAACCUUUAUGAUUGUCUGUAUCACUAGAUUUCUGGGCACAGUUGUCACCAGAGACAAAGCUAUCUCUUGCAAUAGUUGUACAGCUCAGUUGUUUUUCUUCAUCUUCCUGGGUAUAACUGAAUUUUACCUGCUCACUGCCAUGUCUUGCGAUCAUUACAUAGCCAUCUGCAAACCCCUGCAUUAUACAACCAUCAUGAACAAGAGAGUCUGCAUACUGCUGGUCUUUUGUGCCUGGUUGGCAGGCUUCUUAAAUAUCUUCCCACCAGUGGUUCUUUUUCUCCAGUUAGAUUACUGUGGCGCCAAUGUCAUCGAUCACUUUGCUCGUGACUAUUUCCCCCUAUUGCAAUUAUCCUGCUCAGACACAUGGCUCCUAGAAGUGAUUGGUUUUUACUCUGCAAUUGUGAUUUUGCUUUUCACCUUGGCAUUGAUAAUUCUACCCUACAUGUUCAUCAUCAGGACAAUUGUGAAACUUCCUUCUGCUAGUCAGAGAAAAAAGGCAUUUUCUACAUGCUCCUCUCACAUGAUUGUCAUUUCCAUUUCUUAUGGAAGCUGCAUAUUCAUGUAUGCUAAUCCCUCUGCAAAAGAAAAAGCAUCAUUAACCAAAGGAGUAGCUAUUCUCAAUACUUCCGUUGCUCCUAUGAUGAAUCCAUUCGUAUACACCCUGAGGAACCAGCAAGUGAAGCAAGUUCUUAAGGAUACCAUCCAGAAAGUU